CAUUCCGUUGGAGCGGUGCUCGGUUCAACAAUGGCGUCCGGCUUGGUUGUUGUAUCCCAGCCACUGGCUUCCGCUCCAGCCAUUUCCUCUCCUAUAAAUGCCAGCCCUUCCCUCCUCCUUGCAGCACCAGCAGCUAACGCCGAGCACUUCGUCUCACUCUCACCACCUCAAGCGAUGGCCUCCGGCGGCGGCAUGGCAGCGCUUCUGAGGAACAAGAUGUUCGUCUCCUGCGUGAUGCUCCUCGUGGUCCUCCUGAUGGCCACGCAGAUAGCGGCGGCGGGCGGCGGGGCACGCCGGCUCCUGUGGUGCGGCUAUAGAAACUGCAACUGCCGCACUUGCCCCAUAUAUGGGUGGGCGUGCUGCGGCAUGUGUUGCCCGCCGUAGGGCGCGGGCGGCGGCACGCACUACAACGUCGCACCUUUGCUUCGAUCGCUCUGUUAAAGGUUUGAAUAACGUACACAUGUAGUACGAGGUUACAUGUGGCUGCUGCUGUUUCAACGGUAGUGGUCGUCGUCGUCGUCGUUGUCAUCGUCGGUGGUUCUGGUGACGAUUUUUACAGUUUACUACUAGUAUAUGAACGAAAAUGCUUCUUCAUC